AUGGCAAGUGGAAUAUGGGUCAAUGAAUGGGAGAAAAAGCCCAGAACACUGGAAAUGUACAGACAUUUGGAAGGCAGGAAAGAUAUCUGGUCUUCAUCAUGCCAAAUGUCAGAUGUGGCUGUAGACAUUUUAUUCCUUGUGGAUAGUUCGGGGAGCAUCACUACCUAUGAAUUUACAAAGAUUCGUGAACUUGUAGAAAAACUAGUGAACACCUUUGAUGUUGGAUUGCAGCGGGUAUUGGUCAGUCUUGUCUUUAUUUCAAGCAACCCAAUUCUGAGUUUUCAUUUUCGGGAAUAUCUGACCACUUCUGAGCUGAGGAGGGCUGUAACACAGCUGGAACAACAAUUUGGGGAUACCAACUCUGGUAAAGCCUUUACUUUUGCUCAGGAUCAUGUCUUUACACCUGAAGGAGGCUCUAGAAUGGACGUGCCCAAACUUGUGGUUUGGAUAACUGAUGGAUUUUCUACAGAUGAUGUUAUUCAGCCCUCCCAUCUCCUUAAGGAAAAAGGUGUACAGAUACUGGCAGUAUCAACAGGAAGAACAAGUUAUGGGCUGCGAGAAGCUGUCAGUACUCCAGAUGAAGAAUUUCUUUUCUUUACUGAGAUGGACAACCUACCUCUGAUUUCUAACCAGUUAUGCACAGCGAUUUUUGAUGCUGUGUCUCCAAGGAAAAUCACUGUAUCUGAAGUGACAGCUCGAAGUUUCCGUUUAACAUGGCCAAGGCUCUCCAGCAGAGGGGACAGACAUUAUAUUGUAGAUGGUCAGCCAGUUGGCACAACAAAGACAAGACAAGGUUUCAGGGAAACUUUCUCACUGAAUAUACGCACCACUGUAGUGGAAAGACUGUCCCCUAGCACCACAUAUGAAGUUACUGUACUUACAUCUGACAGUCAGAGGGCUUUGUGGAUAAAAGUGACAACCUUGGAAGACACAAAAAUGGCAUCUUUCCACAAUAGCACAGCAUCUGGUCAGAACAGACAGAUAAAAUGGCCGCAGAAGACCAGCACAGAAGGUGACCACAAUGCUCUAAUACAAGGACAAACUGAUAAACUCAAGGCUACUGAAGGUUCAUGGACAUUGCACACUGUUGUACCAGGUGAUCCAACUUCUCGUACCACAUACAAAACACCUGUGCCAACAUCAGGUGUGCUACGGGAUCUGAGGCAAGGCAUGAAAACUUUGGAAGAUUCUAGGAUGAGGCAGAAAGGCAAUGAAGAGUUAGACGCUGUGCCUAAUGAAGGACAAUUACAAGUGGCAACAACUGGAGUACAAAUUACAGAAACAAGCAGCAGUGGAUUAUCUGAAAAUGUCCUGCUUAAAAUAUGA